AUGAUCUUGGGUGUUCCUCUACAGUAUUGUGUCCCUUUCAACUCCGAUAUACCUCCACCAGAGCAUAAGGAUAUUGCUAAGGCUCUUCAUCUGGAAGUGUUUGUUGUAAAGGAAAAUCUCUCUUCUAAGGGAGGUCUGUCUGGUUUCCAUCUAUAUUUUUUGGUAGCCAAAGCCAAAGAGUGUGUUGCUCAAGGAAAUUGGGAGGCUGUGUGUGCUCUGCUAGCAUUGAGUGUCUAUGGUAUUAUGCUAUUCGCCGAUGAACCGAAGUUCAUGAGUAUGAGUGCUAUUCACAUCUUUCUGCUAAAGAACCCGGUUCCCACCCUUCUUGGUGAUUUCUAUUUUUCGGUGCACAAUAAGAAUGAGAAGAGACGAGGGAGAUUGGUCAGAUGUUGCGCUCCAUUGUUCCAUAAGUGGCUUAUGAGGCACUUGCCAAAUGACGAUGCUUUUCUGAAUCCGCAUCAAGCCAGGAAUUGGGCUAGAAGGCAAUUAGGGUAUGCCUUGACUCACACUCCUAAGGAUCAAGAUCUGGUGGAAUCUUUCUACUUUCAUGUGCAAGAUAAUCUAGAACUGGUUAAGCAAGCUGCUGGAGCUUGGAGGAAUAUUCAGACUAAAGGUGCUACUGUCUAUGGAAAAUGUAACAACAUCUCUUCUUCCCAGUAUGAUAGUUGGUUGCGAGAAAGAGCUCAGAUUACUCUUCUACCUUUCUCUAUGGGAGAACCAUCUGAUCCGGUUAUUGUUGAGUCUGUAUAUUCAGUCAGCAUGGUUGAGUACAACAGUUUGAAGCAAGAAAAGGGAAAAGCCGAUAAGUUGAAUGUGAAGCUGAGUGAAGGCCUCAGGAAGACUUUGUGCGCUAAGAAAGAAGCUGAGAGAGAAGUUCAGAGAUUGAAUGAGCUUCAAAAACAAAGCAAUAAGAGGAUUGCUGAAGAUGCUGAUUAUAUCCGUAAAGUCUGUUCAGGUGAGGAUAUACUGAAGAAAGCCUGCAAGGCUGCUAAGGAGCAGUUAGGAAGAGCUGAAUAUAGGCUUAUUGAGCGCCAGCAAAGGUGGGAAGAAUUGUCUGAUCGCCGAAGACAGGUUGAGAUAGAAAUCAGAGCAGAAAAUGAGCAGUUGAAGAGUAAGGAGAACGAGCAGCAUGAAGCACUUCGAUUAGCUGAACAAGAGAUCGCCGAACUAAAGAUUCGAGCAGGGGUCAAGAGAAUAAAAGAACAAGACAAGUACAAGAAAUUGGAAGAAGCGGUCAAGAUGAGGAAUUUGUUGAUUUGA